AUGAGGCGCUAUGCGCCCGGCUUCUGGCAGAAGACGAGUAAAGAACUUCAGCGAGCCACCAAGUUUGCUCUCAAUCUGGAGGGCCUUCAACUCCCUACUGCUCCAUACCCGAUCUUCGAUUUCGCCGACCCCGAAACCAUCACAUCGCUAAAGACCAUGACCGACGAGUCGGUGGGCGGCUUCUCUACUGCAACUCUCACACAAAAGCCGGUUGAUCCAUCCUCACAUCCCCCGACACCAGCGCAUAUACUGUUCCACGGCAACAUCUCCACCAAGUUGCCUGCGAACCGACCAGACGUGCAAAGAACGGGCUACGCAGCGUGGCGAAACAAGGAUCGAGGACGGUCGCUCUUCGGCGAGCUUUUCUGGGACGUCGACUCCUAUAUGUAUCUGGCAUUACGAGUGAAGAGCGACGGAAGGAAAUACGUUGUGAACAUACAGACAGAUUCGAUUGUGGAAUCGGAUCUUCACCAACACCGGUUGUAUACCAAAUAUCACAAUGGCGCAGAAGGACCAGAGGAUCCAGGCCAAUGGGAGACUGUCCGGAUUAGAUUGCACGAGUUCGUUCGAACAAACCACGGCAUUGUCACUGAGCCGCAAUCGGAAAUGCUGCGUCGGAAGGUGAAGAGCGUUGGCAUCGGGCUUCUUGACAGACAACCGGGCCCGUUUGCCCUCAGCAUUGCUGCAGUGUGGGCCACGAAUUUGAACGAACGGGGUCAAGUGGAUGGUAGAACCGGCUGGGAGGAAGGUGACCAGGGGAGUGCGAGACUGAGCGAAGUGACGGAAGAGAAGCUAGCACAGAAGCUCGAGGAGAAGAGGAAUUUGCCACAGGAGAAGAGACGGUUCAGAGAAAGAGUGCCGCAUUUCGGUAAGGUCGGCACGAAUGACAAAUCGGCCGUCAGAUGA